AUGUCUUUCAAAGCAAAGGAGCUCACUGUGUCAGAGAUGAACCGCUGCUACAUCUUGACGUUCGACCCAUUGCCGGCCAAGGAACGCUUUCGUGUCCCAGCGCAAUCCGCGACAUUGACUCUUUACCAUGAUUUGAAAUACUGUACCAGAAUCGAUGGUAGGGCUGUUGAUAACAUCAAAACUGGAUCGUGUUUUCGGUGA